AACAAGGAUAAGGUGGAAGCAGUGAAAUGGGUGGUGAGAGAGUAAUCUCUAUACCACAUGAAGAGCUGUUUUCACAGAUUUAUGGCUGAGAGAGGUUAGAAGAUGUUGGAGGUGUUUGAUGUAGGGCCAUGUGAGGACGCCCACCAAAUGGGGUUCCUCAUUGGCCGUAGAUUCUCUACAAUGAUCAGAAGUAGGGUGGCCACAGAUCUCAUCCUCCAACACCAACUCAUCCCUUUCUCUAGAAAACCACAAUCGCAGCCGUUCAUUCAAGCUCUGUCCACCGCUAACAGGAAGAGAUUUCCCAGAUACUGGGAUGAGAUGGUGGGGACCGCUGAAGGGAGUGGUGUGUCCGUUCUUGAUAUACUAUUGCUGAAUUUUAGGAAGGAGAUCCUACCGUUUAUUCCGAAGAAUGAGGAAUCAACGGCUGUGGAUGCCGCUGCGGAUGCAGAAGAUUGCUCUGAUGUUCUUGUUGUGAAUGAAUCAAUGGCCGUGGCAGCACACAACGAGGAUGCCAAUGUCGCUUUGAUUGGCCACGUCUAUUUGCUCAGGGCCAAAAUGUCAAAUGGACUUUCAUUCACUGCCUACACAUAUGCAGGAGAGCUCCCAAGCUGUGCAUUUGGUUUCAACAGUCACGGUCUGGCAUUUACUCUUAAUUCAGUCCCGCCGUUGAAAGAGGAGAUCGUGGCCCAAGGCAUUGGCCGGAACUUCAUUUCACGAGAUCUACUCGAAUCAAACGGUCUUGAUGAUGCACUGGAGCGAAUCCGAUCAUCGGAUGCCUCUGUGGGGCACAGCUACAAUCUCAUCGACGUGAGGGAUCGCAGGAUUUUGAACGUGGAGACGGCAUCGAUGAACCGCAUUUCAGUUCAGGAAGUCGGAUCAACACCGUUCUUCCAUGCAAACAUGUAUCUCCACCUUCCAGUAAAGCAGAUGAUUGAUCCAACGGUUAAUAAUGGGUUGGAUGAUGGAUUGUUUUCUGUGAAGGCACACGAUGAGAAUUCUAUCAACAGACAGAGAAGAGCGGCCCACCUUUCAAAACAAUCCAAACCAGACAUCCUCUCACUUCUUGGAGAUUCAUCAGAUGAUGAGAAAUACCCCAUCUACAUGCAAGGGCCAACACUUCAUACCCUCUGUACGGUGCUGAUCGAUCUUGAUGAACGGACAUUAUCCAUUAUCCAAGGGAACCCGAAGAAGCAGGAAUUUUCACACGUGUUUUCAAUGUCUUAGAAGAAAUUUACAUUUUUACAACGAGAAAUUCAACAAGAAAAGCUUCUGAAUGAUAAAGAAAGAACGGUUCA